UCCAAUAGCAGGAGACUUUUGCAUGAACGGUGGUACCUGCCUAUUUUUUGAGACUGUCGGUGAACCGGCAUGCAAAUGCGCGGAGGGCUUCACGGGUCUGCGGUGCGAGACGAAGGACGUCAGCAGCACCGGAAGUGUGUAUAAUCGGCGUAGGGCACCCUUUUCCUGCAAGCUGGGACUCUCUACCUCGUACUACUGCUAGCGAUAAUCGCGCGGGGCCCUUUUUUUAACCAUGAGUAGACCUUUUUCUACCCUCGCGGUGCACUGCGGU